AUGGAUCAUCGAAUUAUUUCUCCGAUAGAAAUGUAUUCGGUUGCUAGACAUAAUUUGAAUUACUAUAAAAGUGUUGUUUUCUAUCUCCGAUUUGAAACAUCAUCAUUUUCUCUUUCCGAAUGGAAAUUACGUAUUGAGAAAUCUUUACGUUUAACGAUAGAUGCACAACCGCGAUUACGUUUACAAGUUGAUCUUUCACGAGAGAAGCCACGUUUUGUUAUUUUACCAAUCAGCGUAUUCGAUAGUUUACCGAUUCGAGUUGUUCAACGAAUAAAUGAUGAUGACGAUGAACAAGAAGAGUUUUUAGAUAAAACUAUAGAAGAUGAGAGCAAUAUCGGCUUCGAUUUUAAUCAAUGUUCACCUUUAUGGCGUGUUCUACUUCUUGUUUCCUCGAAUAGUAAUACGUUUGAUUUGAUUAUAACAUUGAAUCAUGCAAUAGGUGAUGGCACAUCAGGAAUGGCCUUUUUCACAAGUUUGCUUGAAUGUCUAUCGGAAAAAUCGACUUUAACAUUUCCGUUGAGUGAUGAUCGACCAUUAAAUGAACUUAUUCCAAGCAAAUUACCUCCAUUGUCUUCGCUUAUCUUAAAAAUUAUUGAAAAAAUGAUUUUACCUGCUAUUCUUAGUAAAUAUUUUUUUCCAAAAACAUAUUGGACCGGUAAUACACAAAGAAUCGCUGAUGAGUCAUCUCGAACACGUUUAGUAUCAUUUAAAUUACCUAACGAUACACUUGAUUUAUUACAUAAAAAAUGUCGUUUCGAACGAACAACAAUUCAUACAGCAUUACUAUCUGCGCUUCUAUUAUCAAUAACAGAAAUAUUCGGGAAACGAAAUAUGCAGUUCUCCUGUAAUACUGCUGUUAAUAUUCGUCGUUUUUGUCAGCCGAUUAUUUCAAAUCAACAAAUGGGUGUUUUUGUUUCGAGUGCCGACAGUUAUCAUUAUAUACCAUAUAGAAAUAAUUUAAUAGAUUUAUUUUGGCCAUUAGCUCGUCAAAUAAAGGAACAAAUCAAUCAUGAAAUCGAACAUUCAGUGUUACCAUUGGUUCAAACGUUGAAAUUUAUUUCAGAUUGGAAUCAAUUUUUAAUCAGUCAACGAAACACUUUACCAAAUGGAUACCAACAUAGUGUUGAUAUAUCGAAUAUACUUCGUUGGACAUUUCAAACUAAUGAUCCAUCAUGGAAAGUACUUCACGGUGGUUUUACACAAUCAGCAAAUGUUAUAGGAAGCGUAUUUACUGCUAGUGCUGUGACUGUUAAUGGAAUUUUAAAAAUUUAUAUUUGUUUUCAUGAACAUGAUAUUGAGCAUUUUCAACAAGUGAAACUAAUGAAAGAUAAAAUGCAACAAAUUCUAAUCGAUGCUAUUUCUUUAUAA